AGUACAAAUAAAAUGUAGUCGUGUAAUAUUAAAUAUGGAUUAUCAAGAAUUAUUUAUCCAUGGAUACAGCGACAAAAACGCUUCUCUCUAAACACAUCAUCUGUUUCAGGAAUACUGCUAGUGUCCCUUUGGCACCACCCUAGUUGGUCACGAUGUCCCUUGCCCAGAGAGUCCUCCUCACCUGGAUUUUUACCCUGGUCUUCCUCAUCAUGCUUGUCCUGAAACUAGACGGCAAGGUCCACUGGAACUGGUUCCUCAUCUUCCUCCCUGUGUGGAUCUUCGAUGGCAUCCUCCUCCUCAUGCUGCUGGUCAAGAUGGCGGCCAGGUGUAAAGCCGGUUAUGACCCCCGUAACGGCUCCCAGGACCUGAGGAAGAGGGCAUGGUACCUGGUGUCCAUGCUGCUGAAGCUGGGCUUCUGUUUGACGCUGUGUGCCCGGCUGGAGAAGCUCACCCACAUCAAGCUCACCUUUCUGUUCAUCCCUCUGUGGUGUAUGCUGCUGGGAGCAAUGACGGAGCUGGGCUAUAACAUCUUCCCGGAGAGAAGGGAGGCGUGAGGGCUGUGAAUAAGGAGGUGCGACGGAGAUGUGUGGAGAGGACAGAAAGGAGGUGCGACGGAGAUGUGUGGAGAGGACAGAAAGGAGGUGCGACGGAGAUGUGUGGAGAGGAGGAUCUCACACACAAUUUUUCCUCCGCGUGUGUGUGAUUAUUUGGCCGUUUAUGAAAUCUAAAACACACCAUCCAUUGUCAUUAAGGUUCAGCCUUAUCGUAUGUCCAACCUUUGCUCUCUAUACCAACUGGCAGUCUUAGCUCUCACAUAACAAAUUGAGAUUUUGAUUCAUCUUGACUAAAUAACAUACAUUAGUUGUAAGUACUGUACAUGUUUUGGAUAAUCUACUUGGAAAGUCUGGCAAAGCCUGUUUCACAAGCCAGACAUUUUCCUUGAUGUCAGCAUCUUUUGUGCUGUGUUGGUGUUGAUCAAGUUUCUUACUACAUGGAAUGAGAACGAUUCAGUGUUGGAAAGAUGGGACUCUCAUAUGUUAAGUCAUUCAGUAUUUUAUACCAUUCCAUUUAAAUGAAAUAUUUUGCACCAUUAAAGAGUGCAUUGUUUUCAUGU